AUGGCCAUAACGAAGCAGGAUAAUACUCUUACGUUUUCCUUUUUGCUCCUUUUCCUGAUCAUCUUAGCAGGGGCUGAAAGACUUCAUCACAAGGACCUAGUUCAGCUGCACGAACAGCAUCUUGAUGGGGUGCCGGUUUUCGUCCAACAGCCAAAAGACGUGUAUUAUGCGUGGAGAGGGAAUCCAGCUGUGUUUGAGUGCAUCGCCGAGCCUGUUUCCCACGCCGUGGUUUUCUGUGCUGAUAAGACAUUUCCCUACAUGGGUGCUGAACACACCGACGAACAUCGGCUGCAGGUGACGCGGCUUGACUCAAACGGAAAGCUGGACGCUAAUGGCGCUAGGUGGCACAUGCGACUGCCUCUGCGCACAAACGACCUAGAAGAGUGGUUCGACGCCUACGUUUGCACUUGUGAGGUUUGGAAUCUGAUUCCAGCACUCAAGCAAGUGAAAAAAGUUUUCAGUCGCAAUUCAACUAUUUUAGAAGCUUAUCUCGACCGCGAAUUUCAACUAGAACCGAUACCAGAACACCUUGUUAAAGGUCAACGGCUUCUGCUGUCCUGCCAACCCCCCAAAGGGGAACCUGCUCCUAAGGUCUAUUGGCUAAAAAACGGCAAGAGCGUUGACAGAGAUACCUUUCCCCACAUCAUCAUAGAUGACUACAACCGACUGAUAAUCGAGCAAGUGGAGUUGCAGGAUGAGGGGAACUACACAUGCGUGGCUGACACCCUCGGAAUGGAGCGGCGAUAUUCCACAGCGGAGGUCACUGUGCUUCCCUAUAGGAGAGAAUUGACAGAGCGCAUUGUCAUGACUCACUGGACACCCUGGGAGCCAUGUCUCUUCGAUCAAGAAACCGAUCUCUGUCAAAAGGUACGGACUCGAACAUGCGUUAACGUGACUAGGGGCGAACCCGUUGUGCCUUUGCCACAGGUGAUCACCCCUGGCAGCACACAGAUUUGCCCUCAACCAACCCUCGAAAGACGCAUUUGCCCGCUUGCCGAGUGCAACAAACGAACCAAUGUCCCAGAAAAAGAGGAGGAACCAGAGCACAGGGCCACCUCUUUUACGAUGACAGUUCGGGAGAUCAUGUUUUACGUUGGAUUAGCUGUGGCCUUUACUGUAACAACUCUCAUAAUCUACACUGUCUGCCGUCUCAACCGAAGGAAGCCCUCACCCUUCCGAAAUCCUCUUUGCCCCCGGAUCUACAGCAAUCGACAGCAAGAUUACGAAAAAUCAAUGACAAUACUUAAGAAUAAUCAGGGCACCACGUACGAUCUACCGCCGGUGUCCAACGGUGUGAGUACACUGAUGCGCACGCCGAAAUUGGGCUCCCCUAUGGGUGGCAACGGAGCCAUCGCUCUCAUGGACUACCCAAUCAACAAAGACGGUGCUGGGGUUCUUGUGCAAUCCCACCACCAUCGACCUUCAUCAGGACCCGAGACUUCACUUACGGUUGCCAACUACCACCAGUCGUAUAACCCUGUCAACGCAAUGUUUACGCCAAUGUCGCCCAUGUUUCAAACUAGCGGGGCGUUUCAGGCAACAAAAUACAAUUACCACUCGAGCGAUGCAUCGAACAUCCCCCCCUCAAAUGCCGGCACGUUUUCCCCUGUUCCGAGUGCAGGGUACUCGAACCCACCUCCACUUACCGUGCCCCCCCUUCCGCCGCACAUGCCCCAUUCGCGUUCCGGCGCAUCCUCGUCGACAGGCGGGCUUCAAGCACAGCAACAGCCCAUCUACUUGAGUCCAUCCUCAACCACUACGACUGGGGGAGGUGGAGCUGGAGAAGGAGGGGAUGAGUCCUCCUCGGCGUUCUACCACGAAAUCGGAACAACUCCUGGAUCUUUGUUCCCCCUCUUCCCUCCCUUGCCAGUUUCGGUAGGGGAAACAGAGAGUACAACCUGGGCAAAUAUCGGAUCUGUUGGAGGAGUGGUGAAUUUGCCUGAGUCUGGCAUCAGUCUGCGGAUUCCAGUGGGCUCGAUUCCAUCUGGUGUUUCGCGAGAGGUCUACCUUGCUGUCUGCCGGGACGAAAAAUACUGGCCAGCACUUUCUGAGCACCAGACGCUGCUGAGUUCUGUGAUUCAGUUCGGACUGCCCGGUGCCCCUCUUUCAAAACCCGUCAUCGUCACCUUCCCACACUGCGCCAGCAUGGGUGGACAGGGUAGUUGGUCCUUCAGCAUCUACUGCUUCUGCAACGCUAGCGGCUUUGACUCGAUUUAUAAGGACAACGGGACAAACACAGUAGAAUGGAUUUGGAGGGAGGUCUCACAUGUCGGUCAGGAGCAAGCCCGUGACCCCAUCCACUGUCAACUUGACAACAGCCAAGCUCACCUCAUGACGCAAUAUCCCCUUCGUUUUUGUUUGGUCGGACAGGCUACAAAUUUCGCUCUCAGCCCAGCUGUGGCUAAUAAUAAUAUUAUUAACCGAAUGGUGACUUCUGCUGACUGCAGUGAGAACCACAGUGGCAGCAGCAUGGCCACAGAGACAACCAACGACACGCUCCCGGGCCUCUCAUCUCUCCAGCCAGUCCCACCGCCCCUGUCCAAGCGUCUCCGCCUUAUUGCCUAUGCGAGCAGAUUCACGACGUCGGCAGACUGCAGCCUGAGAAUAUACGCUGUGCUAGACAUUCCUGACGCGAUUCGACAUGUCAGAAAUACAGAGAAUAAGCUUGAUGGUCAGUUGCUCGGUGGAGCAACACCCAAACAGAUAACGUUUAAGAAUAAUGCCGGAGGGCUGGUCUUCCGAAUUCAGGAGAUGUCACCAAACUGGAGGACGCGUUUAUCUUGUCAAGAAAUUCCCUUCCGCCAUAUCUGGAGCGGCAAUCGCAACACUCUGCUUCACUGCUCGUUUACACUGGAGCGCCUUGAUGACACCGUCGCUGGGUUGCAGUGCACCAUCGCUUGCCAGCAGGAUGGUGUGCCCGGAACCCAGCAACUUCUCCAUUUGACCGUCAACAAUGUCAGUCCAGAGGACAAACAGUUACAAUCGCAGCAAGCCGCCAACGGCCAAUUUUGUGACCAAACAGACUUUAGACUGCCAUCGUACGUGACCUUCAAAUUAUGCAGUCUGCUCGAUCCCAUUGCUCCGCUUGGCAACGACUGGAGACAGCUGGCUCAGCACCUGAACAUGGAGAGAUUUUUGCCAUACUUUGCGACCACGCAACGGCCCACAGAAAUGGUGCUGAAUCUCUGGGAGGCUUCAACCACUGCAAGAGGUCCAAUAGCGAACCAGGAAUUGAUCAGUAUUCUCCAAGGCAUGCACCGGCCGGACUGUGCCAGUCUGGUCCAAUCCCAAACCAUGUCUGCGUAA